GAAUGAAUUGCAAAGUGUUGAGCAUUCAUAGACGAUGGAGUUGCUUCAUGUAAAUGACGGCCACGCUGCCACUCUUGAGAAACCUCCAGUUUUUGAUAAAGAAACCAAAAGGGUUUCUCCUCAUGUUGCGAGAAUGACUGCCAUUUCAGAACUAGUAACAGAAAUAAGGAAGCUUUUUGAAGAUGGGCAACCUAUCCAGUUACAAAAGCUUAUCUCAAACGUCUCCAAGAAACAUUCACUUGAAGAGUUUCCUAAACUUAUGGAGAUUCUUGCAGCCGUGCCAAACGAUAUGAGAGCAAAGUUAUAUCCUGUGUUAAAAGCGAAACCAGUGCGCACUGCUUCAGGAAUUGCAAUCGUGGCCGUUAUGAGUAAACCCCAUCGCUGUCCUCAUAUUGCAACAACCGGAAACAUAUGUAUAUAUUGUCCAGGCGGUCCGGAUUCAGACUUUGAGUAUUCCACUCAAAGCUAUACUGGAUAUGAGCCUACCAGUAUGCGCGCAAUACGGGCACGUUAUGACCCUUAUCUUCAGGUGAAAAACCGAAUUGAGCAGCUGAAAGGUUUGGGCCACUCUGUAGAUAAGGUUGAAUUUAUUCUCAUGGGUGGAACUUUUAUGUCACUGGAUGCUGAAUAUAGGGACUAUUUUAUUCGUAACUUGCAUGAUGCCCUGUCUGGUCACCAUUCUAGAGAUACCUAUGAAGCUGUUAUGUACUCAGAAAGAAGUCAUCAAAAGUGCAUCGGUUUGACUAUUGAAACUCGUCCUGACUUUUGUCAUCGUCCUCAUUUGAAUGCAAUGCUGUCUUAUGGCUGUACGCGAUUAGAAAUCGGCGUUCAAAGUGUUUUCGAAGAUAUAGCGAGAGAUACUAAUCGUGGGCAUUCUGUUCAAGCGGUUUGCGACUGCUUUUGUUUGUCAAAAGAUGCUGGUUUUAAAGUAGUCGCUCAUAUGAUGCCCGACUUGCCGAACACUGGUUUUGAAAGAGACUUGGAAAGUUUUCGUGAAUUUUUUGAAAAUCCUUCCUUUCGAACAGAUGGAUUGAAGAUAUAUCCCACCUUAGUCAUAAGAGGUACAGGCCUUUAUGAGUUGUGGAAAGCAGGGAAGUAUAAAAAUUAUCCACCCGGAGUUUUAGUGGAACUUAUUGCACGAGUUUUAGCUAUGGUUCCUCCUUGGGUGCGAAUCUACAGAAUCCAACGAGAUAUUCCUAUGCCUUUGGUUUCAUCUGGAGUAGAAGUUGGUAAUGUAAGGGAGUUGGCUCUUGCAAGAUUGCGAGAACUUGGACUAUCAUGUCGCGAUGUUCGUACACGAGAAGUAGGCAUUCAACAGACACAUUUCCACAUCAUUCCAGAAUGUGUUGAACUGGUUCGUCGUGACUAUGUUGCGAAUGGAGGGUGGGAAACUUUUCUUUCUUUCGAAGAUGUCACACAAGACAUUCUUGUUGGUCUUUUGCGGUUGAGAAAAUGCAGUUCGCUUGCUUUUCGUCCGGAACUCACAGAGUUUCCUAGUUCAAUAGUACGUGAACUUCACGUGUAUGGAACCGUGGUUCCAGUCCAUGAUAGAGAUCCCACCAAGUUUCAACAUCAAGGAAUAGGAAAGCUAUUAAUGGAAGAAGCAGAAAGAAUAGCACUGGAAGAGCAUGGCUCAGAAAAACUUGCAGUCAUUUCAGGAAUCGGUACCCGUAAUUAUUAUAGAAAGUUGGGUUAUGUCCUACAAGGUCCGUAUAUGGUAAAAUAUUUGAUAUAAUAGGAAUUUUGAUGUCAUCUUGUCUGUUUACAUACUAUGAGUAUCAUAACUGGCAGGAAUUACGAAAGUCACUCCCGAAUGGUAUGAGUUGAAGUAGCCUAUUCUGUAGCAUAUCUUCAGCAGUUUUUGAAAUUUCCUGUUUGUAUAAACUAUACGUUUGGUUCGUUUGGAUUAUCAUGGUUUUCUAAAACAAAAAAAGGGAAUGUUCAACUUUGUAUUUUUGCCAAUUUCGUUCAAACUAUACACCAAUAAGGUCAUAUAAAAAAUAAUGGAACCUGUUCCAUUCUUAUAGCUAGCGCAACUGUAGUUGAAUGCAUUUGCACAGCAACUGACUAUUCUGUAUCUUGAUGAAAUCACAUUGUAAAUGAAACCUAUCUAUUGCCAAUAAUUGGAACUUGGAUUCUCAAUGUUUAUAUUGUUCUUUAUAGCUCAAUGCUUCUAAUGAUCCAUUCCUUCGAAUGGAAUAUUUGGAACAAUACCGGAGUUCAUCACGUCAUACAUCCUUUGUCCGAAUGUCUACUUUUAUGUAGUGACAAAUAGUCCUUACAAGGAAAACUACUAAGAGCAACAUAUUCAACUGCUCUCAGUUGAACUAGUAUU